UCGUUUCUAUAUUCCUUCAAUACAUGUUUUUUAACCUCUCAAUCGGUAAUGAUUUAUUAUACAACUAUACCUCCAACUUGAGGUUCGUAACCCUUUUUGAGCCAGGGGGAACAUUUAGAACCGACUUUUUAUGUAAUUUUAUGUGUGCUCUAUAAGGGUUAAAAACAUUUAUUUUGUUGAUUUAAUUUGAAAGCCCCCGUUUUGGUUAAGACAAAGGGUGGAGCAGCACUGAGGGCGGCUUGUAUACAUUCUCCAUGGAGACCGCGUUGCUAUGUUGCCUAGAUACGAAAGAGAAAUCAAUACUUGAAGGUCGGAGACAGUCACAUAGAGCAAAUUGGAAACAGAAAGGGAGCAAACUAGAGAAACUGCAAAUUGUUCUAGUAGUAGCCUCAGAACCAUGAUCUCGAACCCUGCACAAGGUCUACCUUUUCUACCGGGAAACACAUUCAGAGAUCCCACAAAGUCAUUAUAUCACCGGCCUCAGACACUGGGCUAUAAGAAUGGUUAUUCUUUGCCACGGCGACCUGUGGUAGGGAUUGGACGGGACCCCCUCAUUGUCAACGAGCUCACUCAUACUGAACUUGACCAACUAGCCAACCAGCGGCCAACCCUCACCUAUGGACAGGCCCGUCCUGCACCCCCCCAAGACUUCAUCCCUUCACAUGUUGCCUUCGACAAGAAGGUGCUGCGCUUUGAUGGGUACUUCAAACAAGUGAUUUCAGUUUCACCCGGGGAGGAAUAUCGGGUUCGCCCUGUGGUAUUUUAUUACUACCUGGAGGAUGACAGCAUCGCAGUGGUGGAGCCUGUUGUGGAGAAUUCUGGGAUACCACAAGGCAAAUUGAUCAAGCGUCAGCAGCUGCCCAAGAAUGACCAGGGCGAGAUCUAUCACUGGAAAGACCUGAACCUGGGCAAUGAUAUCACAGUAUACGGGACAACAUACAGACUCACCAGCUGUGACAACUUCACACAGGAGUAUCUGGAGAGUGAGGGUGUGAUUGUGAAUGACCCUGAGGAGAUGCCUUGUGAUCCAUACUCUGAGGGACGUGUCCAGCCUCUCCGCUCCUACGUCACUCCUUCUGAUUUCGACCGGCUCAAACAGUUUCUUACCAUGGACCGCAAGGUGCUGAGGUUUUAUGCACUCUGGGAUUACUCAGACUCUCUGUAUGGGGAGACACGUCCUGUUAUAAUACAGUACUACCUGAUGGACAAUUCUGUGGAAAUCCGUGAGGUCCAUGAACCCAACAAUGGCCGGGACCCCUUCCCAGUGCUUCUGCGAAGGCAGAGACUGCCAAAACACACUCAUCCUUGCAGCGCAUCGUUCCCCACCUGCGUUAUGGAGAUCUCUGACCAGGAAGUGGAGGAAUAUUACCUCCCAAAGGACUUCAAAGUGGGAGAAACCAUGAUUGUGUUGGGGCGCCACUUCUUCCUUUAUGACUGUGACGAGUUCACCAAAAACUACUAUCGGGAUAAUUUUGCGGAGAGCUUCACCAAGGUUGAAGUAGACAAGAAAGAUAACAACAAAGUCACAAAGGAAAUUCCCCCAUACAAUGGCUUUGGUUCUCUUGAGGACAGCCUGCAGAACUGCCUGUCCCUCAUCCCACAGCCGCCAAAGAAAGAUUUCAUCAAGAUGCUGGAGAAUGACCACAAAGUGCUGAGAUACCAGGCCAGACUGGACACCCAGAAUGUCGAAGACCGUCAGCGGAUCUUCGUCCUCUCCUAUUUCCUGUCCAAUGAUAUGAUCAGCAUUUUUGAGCCACCCGUCCGGAAUUCUGGAAUCAUCGGGGGGAAAUUCCUGGAGAAGACACGUAUUCCAAAGCCUGGCAGCACGAUAGAUAACCCGGUUUACUACGGACCUGCAGAUUUUGCUAUUGGAACCACAGUGGAGGUCUUUGCACACCGAUUCAUACUGACAGACGCGGAUGAAUAUGUGAAGAAAUUCCUUGAGGCAAAUUCCAAGAUCAUCCCAUCAGAAGUUUUGAAUUCAAUGCGACCAAAUGAUUCAUCGGCAACUACUAGUUAAGCAUAAAUGUAUCAGCUCAGCCACUUGAGGAGGGAGCAGCAGCGCCGUAGCCUCGGUACCCGUCCCCACGAAGAUCAGGAUCCUCUGCCACCUCACAAUCGGAACCUUUCUUUACACCCUUGAUCAGGAUGAUAUUUGCAUGCUAAUUUAUGUUUAAAUCUACAAAUUGUUCUAAAAAAUAAAUAAUAAUAGUAAUAAAAAA